GCAGAUCAAUUACGAAAUCUAAAGAUCCAUGGUUUGACUUCUGACCUUGAACUUGAUAAGAAUGGAAACCGUAUUGGUUACUUUGCAUUUUUAGCGCAAAUUAAUCCCAAAACUAAUCGAACAGGUUCAGGAGAAGAAAGAGUCUUAGAAUUUAUUAGGUUCAUCCAGAAAAUCAACGAUUCUUCCCAGCUAGAAAUACCAUAUUCUGCGAAAGGAGAUUACGAAAGACUGGAUACUCAAGCUUCGGUCAUACUUCCAAACUCGGGUAAAUACAAUGUACGUCAAUAUAUGUCUUAUUCAGGUAUGAUUGACGUAAUCACACAGAGAUUUGUUAAAUAUCCCGGAGAAACGUGGCCGCCAGUUGUGAUGAAGAGGAAGGAAUAUGUCAUAGCUCCUUACUUCUGUAAAACUCGGUGUGGGUUACGUCUGGUAAGCCCCGAGAAUAUAAAUGUUUACGACUCUGGUACUUGUGAACCAGGUGGUAAAUGCGUAUGCAACGAGGGAUUCAAAGGAAACACGUGCUCUAUUAUAGAGUGUAAAUGUAAGUAUGGUUACUGCGAAGUGCCAAGGAAAUGUAUUUGUCAUCCAGGUUAUAUGGGUGCCAUUUGUGAUAAGGCAAAUUGCAGUUGUUUACAUGGAAUAUGCGUUCGGCCUUUUCACUGUAACUGUAACUCCUGGAUUUAUGUAGGAGAACACUGUGAUAUACAUAUCAUGCAGAUUCUGUUGACAUCCGGUUUGAUUUUUCUAGUGGCAUGCUUCUUUAUAUACUUCUUUAGUGUAAAGUUAAUAGAACACAAUCAGAAAAAAAUAGCUCUAGCUAAUACUGACUGGAUUGUCGAUUGGACGUUUGUUGAAGUUGUAAAUCUAAGUCUUAUCUCAUUUCCUUAUAACAGUAAAUGUGCAACAAUGAUUCAGAGACACAAAUGGAAAGAACAACAAUGGUAUGUAAAUUUCAUUCACAGUAAUACAAUAGAUAGAAAAAAUGAAGCUCUUAUUCUCGAAAUGGUUGGCUUGGUUAAACUUAGACACGAGAAUGUUAUUCAAUUUGGUGGUGCUUGUUUAGUGAAACCUAAUGUCAGUCUGUUUGUCGAAUUCCUUGAGAAGGGAAGUUUAGAGGAUGUUUUAGCAAAUGAAGCAGUGGAACUUGGAUGGGAUUUCCUCUUUUCUUUCAUGAAAGACAUAUGUCGUGGUAUGGAAUUUAUCCACGACAUAUCAAACAUUAAGUCCCACGGCCGUUUAAAAUCUUCAAACUGUUUAUUAGAUAAUAGGUGGACCGUACGCCUCACUGGUUUUGGAGCACAUGUCAUUCGUUUUGGAGAGAAUAGAAUUCCAAAUGAGAAAACCCCGGAAGAAAAGAAAGAGCUUUUCUGGACGGCUCCUGAAUUGUUAAAGCAUGUUUCAGAUUUAGAUGGAAUCAAGGCAGGUACACCACCUGGUGAUGUUUAUUCAUUCGCAAUAGUCACAUGCGAAAUUAUUACUAGGGCAUCUCCUUAUGAAUACGAACUCAAUUAUUUAUCAGUGAAAGACAUUCUAGCUUUAAUAAAAUAUAAAUCUAGUAAGGCGGCACGGCGAAUUUGGGAAGAUAUCGGUGGAGAGGACAUGCUUUACACAAGACCAAUUAUAAAAGAAGAUCUUUUGCCGACAGAUAAAACAUCACAUGACUUAUUUGGGAAGAUGAUUGAACAAUGUUGGCAGGAGGAACCUAAAGCAAGACCCGCUUUUAGCAAAAUCAUUACUAUGCUUAUGGAAAUAUAUCCAAUGAAAGGUGAGCUCAUAGACAAUUUAAUUCAUCGAUUGGAGACGUAUUCUAGUAGUUUAGAAGUUGUUGUUAUUGAAAGAACAAAAGAACUUGAAAAGAACAAAGCUACAGCAGAACAA